AUGUCCAAGUUAGCUUCUAUGCUUGUGAAGCAUGAAGAAGAGUCCAAGAAUUGGAAAGGGUGUAUAGGGCCAAAAAUUGAAGCUAAGGUGCAGGAAAAUAUUGCAAAGGGUACGGUGUAUCCAGUCACGCCGUUCAAGAAUGGAGUAUUUGGGGUAUGUAUCGGGAGAGCCUUGUUGAAUGUAGACAUUCUGAACCGUACAUGCACUUGUAGAGGUUGGCAAAUGUUGGGAAUCCCUUGUGAGCAUGCCACAGCUGUCAUUAUUUCCAUUGGUCAAAAUGUUACUGAUUUCGUCGAUGAUUGCUACAAAUACCCAAUGCAAGAGUUGAUAUAUGGGGGCUCUUUCUCCGGCAUAGAGACCCAUGAUAUGCCUACUGUGGACGAUGAUGGUUUGGUUCGAUCUAUCACCGGGGAGGUGUUCUUCUCUCUAAAGCCUCCACAUAGAAAGCGCGCUCCCGGAAGGCCAAGGAAGAAGCGCAUUGAGUCUCAAUAUCAAGAUAAACGGACUGUUUAUUGCUCUCGUUGUCAUAUGUCCGGCCACAACAGAAAAACCUGCAAAAAUCCUUUGCCCUAA